AUGGGUACAAUUGUGCACUCAGAACUUUGGCCCCAUGGCCAAAUGGUUUAUGCUAUAGCGUUUUUUCUCAUAGCCACUAGUGUGGUUGCUAAUAGGCCUUACAUCCAUGAUUCUCCACCACCAGCCCACUACCAAGCACCCUACCCUCCAGACCAUUUGCCACCAACAGACCUUGAAGAAGGAUACUAUCCUUUAGCUACAGGCAAUAACAAGUCACCUCCUCCUGGUGUUAAUAAAACACCACCACCGCCAUCUUUAUCAACUUCCCCUCCCAAUGUUGGCAAUUCACCACCACCCUCACCAUCCCCUCCUCCUCCUCCUAAUGGUACACCAUCAUCUUCCCCUCCUCCUCCUCCUAAUGUUACACCAUCAUCUUCCCCUUUACCAUCACCACCACUCUCGCCACCCCCUCCACCUUCUUCCAUUUACAAAUUUCCACAUCCAUUUUUACCUCCCUAUUUUUUCAAAUUACCACCACCAUGUUCUCCAUAA